UCAUUCUCAAGAUUGAAAAAAAGGUGUGAUUAUAAAGGAAUGGGACAAAUUUUCUUAUUUGUGUUGCAACUUGGUAAUUCCAAAGGAGAAGUUCCAAGAAAGAGAGGGACACUGGCUACUGAACAGGAGCUAGGAGACCAGAUAGAUAGCGGAAGGGUGGGAGCCAUUGUGGUGGGGAGCAGAAAUGUAAAGUGAGGCAGGCAUCCUAGGUAACUGUCUUGUGGUUUUCACUUCCCAGGUGCAUGUUCUUUCUGAGGAAUGGGAUUUAAUGACCUUUGAUGCCAACCCAGAGGACAGCGUGAAAAAAAUCAGUGAACACGUCCGGUCUAAGACCAAGGUUCCUGUGCAGGACCAGGUUCUUUUGCUGGGCUCCAAGAUCCUAAAGCCACGGAGAAGGCUCUCAUCUUAUGGCAUUGACAAGGAGAAGACCAUCCACCUUACCCUGAAAGUGGUGAAGCCCAGUGAUGAGGAGCUGCCCUUGUAUCUUGUGGAGUCAGGUGAUGAGGGGCAGAGGCACCUCCUCCAGGUGCGAAGGUCCAGCUCAGUGGCACAAGUGAAAGCAAUGAUCGAGACCAAGACGGGUGUAACCCCUGAGACCCAGAUUGUGAAUUGCAAUGGAAAGAGACUGGAAGAUGGGAAGAUGAUGGCAGAUUAUGGAAUCAGAAAGGGCAACUUACUCUUCCUGACAUCUUAUUGUAUUGCAGGGUGACCACCCUGAGGAUGGGGUGUUGGCAAGGGCCAAAAAGCUAUUUCUUUUAAUCUCUUAAUCAACGUGAGAAUGAGAUGAGUAGAGUAAGAUUUGGAUGGGAUGGGUAGGAUGAAGAAUAUUGUCCAACUCUGUUUCUUUGAUUCUAACACAAUUAAUUAAGUGGCAGGAUUUUAAAUAAUGUAUUACUGAUACUAGUAAAUAAAAUUUUAAGGCAAAAUAGAGCAUUCAAAACCA